GAGCAACAAAAGAGUUUGAAGCUUGUACCUUUCUUCUUAUACAUCGGCAGCAUUUCUAACUGAAGGUCGUGGGAAUUUCAUUAUCAGUGGUUUUAUCAUCCAGUUACAAACCAGCGUCAUUAGUGAUUGACAAGCAUUUGAUGGAGUCACCUUGGGUCGAGAAAUAUAGACCUAUUGAGCUUAAAGACAUUGUUGGGAAUGAAAACACAAUUCUUCGUUUAUCCGUAUUCGCUCGAGACGGCAACUUGCCUAACAUAAUAAUAGCUGGUCCUCCAGGUUGUGGAAAAACUACAAGUAUCCUGUGCUUGGCUCGAACUCUUUUGAAAAAUGCUUAUAAGGAAGCAGUCCUUGAGUUGAAUGCAUCCAACGAAAGGGGUAUCGAAGUAGUGAGAACUAAAAUCAAGAUGUUUGCACAAAAAAAGGUCAGUCUUCCUGAGGGGAGACAAAAAAUUAUUAUUCUUGAUGAAGCUGACAGCAUGACUGAAGGUGCCCAACAGGCGCUUCGACGGAUUAUGGAGUUGUACUCUCGAACAACUCGUUUUGCACUAGCUUGUAAUGAUUCUUCGAAGCUCAUCGAACCUAUACAAUCGAGAUGUGCUGUUUUACGUUAUGCUCGUUUAACAUCUGCCCAAAUAAUGGCUAGGUUGCUAGAAGUUUCACGUUCUGAAGGUGUUUCAUAUACAGAGGAAGGUUUGGAAGCCAUUGUAUUCACAGCUGAUGGUGAUAUGAGACAGGCUCUAAAUAAUCUACAAUCAACUUAUCAAGGCUUUGGAAUGGUCAGUAGUGAUAACGUUUUCAAAGUUUGUGAUGAACCACACCCUAUGCUUGUUAAACAGUUGAUAGAUCAUUGUUCUAAGGGUGAAUUAUCAGCUGCUCACAAGAUCUUACGCCAUUUAUGGACUCUAGGAUAUUCAGCUGAAGAUAUUAUCACCAUCACUUUCCGAGUAAUGAAGAACCAUCCAAUGGAAGAGUAUCUUAAAUUAGGAUUUAUAAAAGAAGUUGGCCUCACUCAUCUACGAAUUUCCGAAGGAUUAGGUACAUAUCUACAAUUAGCAGGUCUUCUUGCUCGCCUUUGUAAAAUAGUAUUACCGAAGUGAAAUAUUUUUAUUAUUAGUAUACUAUCUAUAAAUGGUUGCCUUGUACAGGAAGUGACAGUCCUUUCGUGCUUCUAUCAAACUCCUCACGUCUUAGACUUCUGUGUAUUAUAUUAAAGUCAUUUUAUAGUGCAUUAAUAAAGUUGCCGAAAAUAAAAAAGACAAUUAAUAAC